AUUUCAGUCACAGUUUAGAGGUACUAGUAUUUUCAUGAGGUAGUACUUUGAGUUUUACACUUGACACUCAUGGUUACUGCUUUUGAUGCUAAUAUUUUUGCUUAAUAGUAAUAUUAAGAAGAAGAAUUUCAAUUUAUUAUUUGAGUAAAAUUUUGAUUGCAGAACUUUACUUGCUGCAGAGUAUUUAAACACUGUGGUACUCCUGAGUACUUUUCCCACCACUGAUUUAGACACAUUUAAUUAUACCUUCAUGGUGUCACUUCAGCACUAUGAAAAGUUUUGUGUGUUAAAAGCUGCCAUAAACACUGAAGAGAAUAUAAGACAGAUAUGAUCCAGGUGUCACCGAGGGCAUCUCCAGUAUCCAUCCAGAGUGUUUGGAGGCGGCUGUGUGUGUGUGUGUGUGUGUGUGUGUGUGUGGGGGCGUGUGUGGGCGGCGGGUCAGGGUGACUGAGGUGUAAGAGCUCAUAACUCACACACAUGGUGGACCAAUCGUCAGAGCCUGCGGGGGCUGGAAGCCGGAUCCCUGCAGCGAUUCCACCUGAACCUGAGACUGGAAACGAGCCGCCGGUCGUCCCUCCUGAGCUCUCACAGCGACAGAAAUGGCCAUACCUCGCUUGUUUAACUCCAACACACCCUUCGUCAUCGUGACCGGAGGGUCUGAGCUGACCUUUCUUGGCAAAGAGGACAGCAGCCAGGGGUGCGAGGAGGAAAAGGACUCUCUGGUCCAAGUCAUGGCCCCCCAUCUGAAUCGGGUGAUGCAGCACGGCACUGCCAAACAUGUGGCCGCAGAGGGGCGUGAGGAGGAUCCCUGCGUCUCCAUAGUCGCACAGGCAGAGAGUGAAGACUUCCAGGAGUUCAGCCCCACCAACACACAGUGCCCAUACGCGAGGUCUCAGCUGCUCAGGAAGCACAGGUCUUUCAGGAAGGAACCUACAUUCAGGAGUGACACAGAAGACGAGGACUUGGAUGUGGCGCGGUACCACUUCCAGAGGAAACAACGCAGGAAAACCGGCAGACAGAUCCACGAGGGUGGGGAAGAACGUCCAAUCAUCCGAGGUCUGUGGGUGCAGGAGAUUGAUUGGCUGAAAUCGUCAGACAGAGAGACGACAUCGUGUGCUGAGAUCAUACCGCCUCCUCCUCAGUUCACUGACUCAGCCUCACAGCUGCUGCAGUCCUGCCUGUGUGAAGACUGUGCAGAUGUGUGUGAGUGUGUCUUGGAGGACGUGUCCCUCUCAGAGGACCAAGACAGAUCAGCAGAUACAAACGACACGUCCAGCACUGAGGACAGAGGAGGCUCAGACUCCGACUGCGACUGCGACCUGGAACGGGACUCUGAGUCUGUCUGCACCCAUGAGAGCGAGUCAGACUCAUCCUGCGGAGCAGAAGAUGGGAUACAAGCCGAAGCCGCAGUGUCAGAUUUGACCUUUGACCUGAUGCACUUGUCUGGUUUUAACUCCUCCUCUCAUGCUGGCUGGGAUUCUGACUCUACAGGGUGUGUUCAAAGCCUGCUGGGAAUUUCAGGCUCCACCUACGCCCCCAGUGCUGUGAACACACCACAGUGCGCCUUUGGUUUUCAUGACAUGAGUGAUACUGACACGGUUUUAGAGAUCCUAAGAGGCAGAGUGACGCAGAUGCCAAAACUGUCUGUUUCACCUUUCUUCAAAGGGCUGAUAAAACAAACCCUGAGCGAUUGGAAGACCAGCAAACCUCUCAAUGAAGGACUCAUAUUUCACCACCAACUUCGGCCCAGCAGCUGUCAGUACAGGGAGGGAGAGGAGUACUGCAUUCUUCAUCACAUACAGAACGGCUCAUACGGUGAUGUUUUCUGCGUUCGGGACAAAAGGACCGGAUUCAAAUGUGCUGCGAAGAGGGUUCCACUGAGUCACUUCAGCGGCGAGGAGGUGAGCACGUGGAGCGCUCUCGACUCUCCCCGUGUCGUCGAGCUCUUUGGGGCUGUGAGGGAGGGGCUCAACAUCGUGCUCUUCAUGGACUUGAAGCCAGCAUGUUUGGCCCAGCUUCUAAAAGAGAUGAACUCCCUGCCUGAGGAUUUGGCCCUGCACUACCUCCAUCAGUCACUGGGGGCGCUAGAGCACCUGCACCACAGAAAGGUCAUUCACCUGGAUGUCAAAGUUGACAAUGUGCUGCUGUCUGCAGACUGCAGAGACACAUUCCUCUGUGACUUUGGUCUCUCAGAGACUUUAGAUGACAAUGGAUGGAGCACCAAUGCAUUCAGGGGAGCUGCCUUCCCCGGCACAGAGACCCACAUGGCCCCCGAAGUGGCUCGAGGGGAUCGGCUCUGUGCCAAGGCGGAUGUGUGGAGCAGCUGUUGUAUGCUGCUGCACAUGCUCAACGGCUGUCACCCGUGGAUACGCUACUACUCCCAUCCACUGUGUCUCCAGAUUGUCAACGAGCCUCCGCCUCUCUGGGAGGUGCCGUCCAACUGCAACAACUUCACAGCCAAAGUGUUCAGGGCCGGACUCCAGAAAGACCCUGAGAGACGAGCGUCAGCUAAGGAGCUCAGGAGAAAAACCACCAAAGCCCUCAGAGCAGUUGGAGGUCUGAGUCCCUGGUCCAUCAAAAGUGCCUGUGAGAAGCUGUAUCAUGGAAGGACUGCAGACACCCCCUGCUCUUUGUCACCUGGGACCACCCCAUCAGCUGCCGCCUCAGCGCCAUCAGUGUUCUGGGUGAGCCCCUGGAGAACCACAGCAGUGGAUGAGGACAGCGAUGACUGGAAGUCGGACAAAGACUCCGUAGUGGAGACAGACUCCUUCACUAGAGAAUGGGAGUCGCAGCCCAGAUCACUGCAGGAUGAUUAUACUGCAGGCGAAAAAGAGUGGGACGUCUGGUCUGAUUCAGAAGUCGAUAUAUACAUGGGAGAGGAGGAAUACGUUCAGGAAAAGUGGCUGAAAACUGACAGGGACUAUGAGGGGGAUGGGGAAGAGGACGAGGAAGAAGAGUGGGACUUUCCCAUGUCUACAGAGUAUCUCCAAGCUCUCAGAGGCCUUUUCCCUUUGCUGCAAAAAGGCCAACAGACCAAAGAUAAGUCAUGGGGAUCAGGACCAGAGCUGGAAUACCUCAGGGACGAUGUAGCCAUAGGCACCGUAGUCCAGACCCCAUCCCCCGAACCUCGGGACGACCCUCCGUCCUGUUUCAGCUGCUCGGACACGUCGCAGAUGGACGCCUCAGAGAAGGACUCGGACCAUUCGUCUGAUGAUCUGAGCUCUGGAGUCUUUUCGUCCUGCAACAGCCAGACAGACAGACAUUUGGAGUGGCUGGUUUCAGCAAAUCAGCCGUCCUCGUGCUGCUUCGAAGGGGUUGACAUCUGGAUUGAGAACGCGCAGGGCGAGUGUCUGAGGAUUCGUGAACGACGGCAGGUCAAAGUGGGCCAUGUUGCUAUAGGAAUUAGUGAUCAGGUCUCAGGGAAGGCCUUCACUCUGGAGACCCUGGACAGGAAGAUGGUGUCCUUUGAACAGGAGAUCGACGAGUCUUGUCUGUGGCUCCGCUGUGUUCCUGCUCCUGACAGAUGUCAGCGCUGGAGAUGGAGAGUCAGAGACGGAAAACUGGAGCUUCGAGAAUGAGGCAUUUUUGCUAUUUUUUUGUUGUUGUUUGCACUAACUGUUGACUGUUCUGGAGCCAUGAGGACAUGAAGAUGUGUCCGUGUACCUGUGGAUGUUGUGCUGCUGAUAUGAUUAUGGUCAAAGUGGGUCUGCCAAUGCUUUGGUAGGAAAUCUGUGAUGUAUUUGUAAAGAUGAAUUUCCUGUCUCAGUUCCUCAGUUUAUAGUUCUGAUUUAUUACCUCACCGUAUACAAAAGUUAUCACAUCUCUUUGAUUCCUUUGUGAUCUGAGAGGUUUUCAUGUUGCACAUGUUGGCGCCUUCUAAGCUUUGGAAUGAGUGAAGGUGGUUGAGAUGGUGAAUAACUGCCAUAAUAUGCAGCCUGAGGAUUUUCAUACUUGAACAUUUCUCACCUUUUUAUAUAAAAAAUACCUCAGAGGUGAAGAAGUUGCUCUCUUCUGCUUCUUUGCCUCCUUCAUUCAUUGUGUCCUCCAGCUUCAGUGCACACAGGAGGUGAGUGGUUGACCAAACAAAACAAGUCAUCACCUACAUAAACCUGAAAAUGCCUCCUGUAGCACAGACCAGGACCAGACCUGCAGCCCAUACGAAACAUGUACAGCACAACUGAAGAAACCAGCUUAAACACGUGUGACUGACUCACAUGAUUUUCAUACAAAUUCACAUGGCGUGUGGUUUUUCAUGUGCAAUGUUUACAUUAGGUUUUGAAAUUAUUGUGAAUUCAGAUGUGAAACGGUUCAGAAGGGUCAUUGAUGUGCCGGUGAGAACAUUGAGGUCAUUUCUGGGAAUCUUUUUAGGAAACUGGAGGGUGUUUAUGUUCACCAAAAACAUUUGGUGGAUGUUUGAUCGGCUAAUCGGCUAAUGAUCUUUUAUACUAAUCUAUAU